AUGGCGAGUCUGUCGCUUCACCUUCCCCACCAUAGACUGGGCAGAACCUGCUUCCGUCCCAUCGUCGCUGCUUCCUCAAAUGGUAAUCACGUCCGAUCUGAUGCUGUAGACGCAGUUUUCUCUGUUCUUUUCUUUCCUCUCUCGUCAUCCGAGAAAUCGAAUACGGUAGAUCGAUCUGAGGAGCUCAAUUUCUCCUGCUGAGUCGAGACAUCCUUUAAACAGCAGUAGAUACCUGAUCUUCUAAUAAUCACGGAAGAAGCCGAAGUGAUGAAGACUCUUCUUCCGGGAAUGUAGGCUUCGCCAAUGAAUUAGGGUUCUUUUGCUCAGUCCAUUCCCGCCUUGUGGAGCCCAAUCCCCAUGUCAUUUUCCUCUGUUUUUCGUUCCAGGUGUAGAGCUCUUUUUCUGAUCAUUUCUACUUUUCUUUGUAUACUCUGUACUUGCUAUUUGUGGCUUCCUUCCGAGAAUCGACGAAAGAAUUCACUCCACUAAUCUUUUCAGGAGCUCCCUUCUCCGAGAUCAAAAAGAGGGGUCCCUUUGUUCUUGAAAUCCCGCUUGAUAAGAUCAGGAGGCCCCUCACACGGACGAGGGCAAAUGACCCCGUGAAGGUGAAAGAGCUCAUGGAAAGCAUCCGGGAAAUCGGUCUGCAAGAACCUGUAUGCCUAAUUAUCAUCGUUUUUGUGUACCUCCAAUACUUACUUCAAGUAAAUUGUUUGGCACUAUUUGUUUCCUUUGCAUCAGGUGCAUGCUCAUAUAUUAUUUGAUUGUAGUAGAAGGGACUGCCAAAUAUGAAUAUAGAGAACUUGAUUUCAAUUAUUUUCAUCAUGAUUAGAUGAAGGCUUCAGAACUAUUUGGAAUUCAAAGAAGCAAGUUCCUAGCAGGUGUUGCCUCCCCAGAUUUCCUUUCAUGGAUCUGAGUCGAUAAUGAAUAAAAACAUGUUUCAACGAAGUUGCUCAUUGAGUGGCUCACUGCAGAACAGCAGAAGGAAGCCUGCUCGAAUGUUGUACUAGAACUUCUGACCUCAUGGAGUCUGGAUCCUCAGACCCACGUUAGAGAAGUACAAAAAGGACAUUGGUACAUAAACGGGAACUGGAAUUUCUUGAAGCGGGUGGAAAUAAAGUUUUCUGGCAUUUUAUUUUCAUUUUUAAUUAAUAUUUACUAAUACUUUGGAUUAUAAUGUAGGAGUUGGAUCGGGAUGAAAAUCACAUAUAGUUUUUUGAAUAAUUUUUCGCACUAUUUUGUUACUAGUUCAGAGUAUUCCUAGAUCAUCUCUGCAGUAUUCCUUAGGAGUUACAUUAGGAUGAAAAACAUAUAUUGCUAAUAUUUUUCGCAUUAUUCUGUCAAAAAAUCAGCAUGUUCUUGUAUCUAUGCUGUGAUAUUAAAUGGGAGAUGGGAGGAUGGUUGUGAUUGGAAGUCAUGGACUUUCUAUUAUGGCUUUUAUAGAGAAGUCCAUUAGAAGAAGAGAAAAGAGAGCAGUAUUUUCCCAUCUUUCUCGUUGCUUCUUCGCUCAAUCCGCUAUUUAGUUUCAUAGAAUGGAGAAUGAAGGCUACUUGCUUUGAUAUGAACUAGGGGAAUACCAAGGUGAAGCCUGCACCAUCAAUACUUUGCACUGGAAAAAAAUGCAAUCAAUCUGAAUCUUCCUGAUAGGAAAAUUAUCGAAAUAGGGAAAGGCUGGUUUCUUGUUGAACAGAUAUUCUUUGAUUUGGGCUUCUGAUAUUCGGGCAUUGGUCCAUUCCUAACUCUGGUUGAACAGUUUCAAUUCUUUUAUUUAAUUUAUUCAUGGAAAAUUAAGGUUCAUAAGAUUCGAAUGGUGGAAGCAUGUGGGUAAUUCAAAAAGAGAAACUUUAUACUCAAAUUGAAUGAAGUAGGCCUAUAUUUAGAAUUAAUUUGGAUGCAGCUCAUAUGCAAUUAAUAUACUGUUACUGGGAAUAACUGGUUUUUGAGAAGUCCGACUAUAUAAAAAAGUUUAACAGCUUCAUUUCCUUGGAAUAUUUUCAGAUUGAUGUGCUCGAGGUGGACGGCAUUUACUACGGUUCGUGCCAUAUAAACUUAUACAAACAUCUCUGCAUGUUUCAUUUGUAGUCUCGUCAAGAACGCUACUAGGAAGAAUCUUUUAUUCAUUCAUUGAAUCUUCAUGUUCAUUGCCGGCUCUCUUUUCUCUGCAGGUUUCUCUGGAUGCCACCGGUUUGAGGCCCACCAGCGCCUCGGCCUCCCCACCAUCCGAUGUAAAGUCCGUCGGGGGACCAAGGAAACGCUCCGGUGAGUCUCCUUCUUCGCUUCAACUAAAACUUUAUAGGUUGUCUACGUCAUCAGCCUCACAAGCUUCAUCCCCUGUCUGCUUCACCCUUCAAGGCACCACUUACGCUAA